GCGUAUACUAUGGCUUCAUGCGGUUGUGUGUUAUGAGACGGGCGGUGUGAUAAUACUACACGGUCAACAUUGAUAACAUUAUUUAAUAAACGAUGACUUUCGACAAACGCGGGGGGGGGGGGCUAACGGCCUAAAUCAGGAAAACUGAUAAAUGAUAAUAUAUUAACUCCAUAUCUGCAGAAAUACCAUGUCCUAAUACCGAACUGUGAUUUUUUUCCCGGACAAGACGGAGAUUUCAAAGACUUUAAAUGCAAGCAACAUUAAACGAAUUGUUUGAAAGUAACAAUAAACAAUAUUACUAGCACAGCAUUCUGAAUGAUACAUGUAUGUUCUGUCGAGAAACCCAGAGCAAUCUUCGUUUUACAUUUUAUCUGCUACAUCGGACCCCCAUGUACAAGGGAUCGCCGCACAUGCCAUGCGCAUGCUCAGAUGAUGUCCGUUUGUCACGUAUUCACCUCAAUAUAUUUUCACCAUGAUCUCUCAGGAAUGAAUAUAAAAUCCACACAAUGGCUACUGUGGUAAGAUCUAUGACAUCUGAUGAGAUCUAUGAUAUCUGUAUCAUCGGGGCUGGAUUGACCGGGUCAGCAGCAGCAAGAUGGACGUCGUCUCUGCAGAAGAACAUCAAAGUUUGUCUGAUUGGACCAAAUGAACCAAUGGAACACGAAUGGAAUGAUCCAUCUCGUUCGAUAUUCGGCGCUCACUACGACCAAGGCCGCAUCGUAAGCGAGGUCACUACGAGUCAAAGUACAAUGCACGAAUCUUGGAUGAUCCUUGCUAAUAGAUCCAUACGCAGCUACAAGGAGAUUGAGAAAGAAUCGGGAAUUCAUUUCUUUAACGAAGUCGGCACUGUAUUCAUCUCAUCUGAAAGGACUGUUGAUGAACUCUUGAAUAAAUGUCCCAAGAAGUUAAAACGUUUUGUAGGUAAUGAUCUGUCGAGUGCAAUACCGAGCUUCAAAACACUGGAUGACGAAAUGGCUGCCAUCUUUGAGAGUUCCCAUGCGGGUUAUAUCAAUCCACGGGCCUAUAUCGCCGCUAACAAACUAUUGGCAUCGAAAAAUGGAUGCGAGAUGAUCGAAGAUGUGGUUACUGAAGUGAGAGACAAUACAGACAACAGCGGGAAAGUCGAUGAAGGGGAAGAACUCGGCAGACGACACCAGAUAAUCAGAACGAAAAGCGGGUGUGUGAUUCGCGCCAAUCGCGUCCUCCUGUGCCCUGGAGCGUUUGCCAACACCGAACAUAUUCUCCCGAAUGGAGUGGAAAUCGACAUUUCGACGACCACGGAGACAUGUGUACUGGUGGAGGUCCAAGACAAGGACGUCGAGCGUCUGUCAUCUCUGCCAUGUUUUGGUUUGAAAAUGAAAGACAGGAGAGAUCGAAGGAAUUCCUAUUGCAUGCCUGCCGUUAAAUAUCCAGACGGUAAAUACUACAUGAAAGUUGGUCAUGGACUAGACUUGAAUCGACCUCUUGUGAGCAAUGAUGACGUCACGGCUUGGUAUAAACAGCAAGGGGAUAUUUCAUAUUCUUCUCAAGAUCUAGAGAGUCUUGUGUCGAGGCUUUUCACUUGUUUAAAAGACUUCCAACCAAAAUCAUUAAAGGUGAUACGGUGUGUGAUCACCUCUACGCCGACGGGGCGAUUCUACUGCGAUAUGGUGACGUCGAGUCACGGUGUGAUCGUCGGCGGCAACGGGCUCGGUGCGACCGUCGCAGACGAAGUCGGAAAGAUGGGCGCAUUGAUGAUAGCUAAGGGGUCAUGGGACCAUGAUCUACCGCCAGAGCUCUUUCAGCUGCGGUAUAAAUAACGUUGAUCAUUAACUUGCAUGGGCGGAAAUCUUUCCCCAAAGGUAGGGGGACCAAGGGCGGAUACAGGAUUUCCCCCGGAAAAUUUGACAAGCAAAAAAAAAAAAAAAAAGGUUGUCACCAAAAAUGUAAAUAUAUCAAUAUAUUUCGAAUUUCAAGGAUAGGAUCCGACAUGUGUUAUUUCGAUUUUUAAUGAUGUAUUUUUUCUAUUUAAAAGACCACAAAUAGUAGGGGGUACAUUUGAUAUUGUUUCCCCCCUCAUUCAAAAUGGUAGGGGGACGCGUCCCCCUGGGAUAUUCGCCCAUGUUAUUUUGAAUGAGUUGAAGCCACUACAUGAACAAUCAUAUCUGUUUAAGUUACUGUUACAGUAUUAGUAACCCGGAUCAAAAAUUGGAUAAACACUAUUUAAAAUACGAGGGUCCUGUCUUUUAAAGAGUUGUGAUAAGUCCAGUCAACUCUAACUAAAUGAAAAUCCAUCAUUGUCAUAAUUUACCCAACAAACACUUUGUACAAUGUCAUUUUGUAAACAAAAAGGAAGCACACUGAAUUGUCAAGAAAAUCAUGAUAAUGAUGAAUUCAUGAUUACACACCAUAUCUAUAAAAUAUUUGAACAAACAUGCAAUUCAGAUAUUGGUGUUGCUGGCUUUCCAUAGUUCGGGUUGACUGGAUCAAUCGCAGCUCUUUGUAAGACGGGGCCCAGACCAAGGUGUAUCUCGUUCGACCACUCUUAUUGAAUUAUCUAUGGUUCAAUGAAUUUGAUGUUUCCUUUUACUAAUUGUCGCAAGUAUAGAGAAAAUAUUUUGAAAUAAAUAUAUCAUUAUUUAUCAUA